AUGCGCAGUCUAUGUCGUCCGAAACAACAGGAGAUCGAUUUGUAUUGGGGAAAGCUACGAGAGGUCUACAAUGGAUAUUUGGAACAGCACAAUCCCAUGAUGAGCCACUACCUGUCUCUACAGGAAAAGGAUGAUUUCUAUCAGCGUGAUAUAGCCAGGAACGAGAUACAGCUACAACAAGCGACGGAGAUUCUGCUAUCUCUACAAAAAGAGUGGGCAAAGACGACUACGUCUCUGUCGUAUAAGUUGGAUCGACUAAACAACCACAAAGACGAAUUGGCUAAGAAAUACUGGCAGAUGAAGAAGGAUAAUAAGGCUAAGAGAUAUAAAGAAGGGGAAAUGAUAGCUGUUUUGGUCGAUGCCAGUACAGAAGCUAAAACGUAUUUAGAAAAAAUGCUCGGAAAAUUGAGUAAAAUAAAUGAGAUGGCGCGUAUAUGUAGCAAGUAUGAAAUCAAUGAUGAUGAAGAACAAAUAAAUGGAACUGAGAGUGAUGGAAUGUCUGUAGACUGUGAGAAUCUUGAUGCUGCUAUGAUGGAAGAGUACAAAGAAUUCAAAAAGAUGGACAAGUUCCUCCUUAAAGUGAAUCGAGCUAGAGUACAAACAAUCUGUCUUUGGUCAGAAAAAGCUAAGCUAGCCAAGGAAAAUGUGCAUCUCAAGCAGUACAUUAAGAAGUACCUAACUGAUUUAGCCUUAAAGGAUGGCAAAGAACGGCCAGUCACAUCGAGACAUGCUGACACGGAUAAGAUGAAUUAUGGGAAGGCAAUCAACCGUCCUGUAACAUGUAUUGAAGGAGCAUUAUCGAAUGCUGUUAUGCAUGAAAGGAGAUUGAAGCUAGAAAAGGAAAGGAUAAAGGAGAUUGGUGGAGUACGCUCAUAUCCUAGAGUAAACUGUCGGUAA